CGCGUGCUCACUUUCGCGCGCAGAAAGGGCCGAAUCCAACAGGAAGUCGCUUGUGAAAUAUAACAGCCAUGGAUCCGGCUAUCUCUCGUCAACUCGUCGACAAGAUGUACGAGAAGCGGAAAGCCGCCGCUCUCGACCUUGAAAAGCAAAUUCGAGAGUGCCACGCUCAAGGUGACCAACGCCGCAUAAUUCAGAUUAUUGACCAGCUUGUCGAGAUGUUCAGCAACUCGUCGAAUCCGCUGCACGUCAAGAACGGAGGAUUGAUUGGUCUGGCUGGAGCUGCUAUUGCUCUCGGCAUCGAUGUUGCACCUUACAUGGACAAAUUCAUCAACCCUCUAUUGGACUGUUUUUCCGACCCAGAGAAUAGGAUUCGUUACUUUUCUGCGGAAUGCCUCUACAAUAUCGCCAAGGUAUCGAAGGGAGAGAUACUGGUGUACUUCAACUCAAUAUUUGACGCAUUGAGCAAGCUUGCAGCAGAUUCGGAGCUCUCAGUGAAGAACGGCGCGGAGCUCCUAGAUCGUCUCUUAAAAGAUAUUGUAGCAGAAUCAGCCUCUGUCUACGUACCUCAAUAUGCGGAAACAGGAAAGACACGAAACCAGGCAGACCAGGCACAAAACCCAGGCAUACUGGUGUCUUACACUGAGGAUGGAACUGAAUUUGGAGCACCAAAAAAGGCCUUCUCUCUCGCCAAUUUUAUCCCUCUUCUUUCCGACCGAAUAUACGUAGUGAGCCCGUUCACUCGUAGUUUCCUCGUGUCGUGGAUUACGGUGCUCGAUUCGGUGCCUGAACUAGAGCUCAUAUCCUAUCUACCAGAGUUCUUAGAUGGUCUAUUCAAGUAUCUUUCCGAUCCCACUGAGGACGUUCGGGUCGCCACCGAGAAUCUUCUGGCCGAGUUCCUUCGCGAAAUGAAGGAGAUUGCAGAGGUCAAGAAGAAGACGGAAGAAAAGGUUAGACAUCCGCGAGAAGCAGAAACUUACGAGCUCGGACGCCGAGCUGAUGACAGGCUUCCCGAUAUCACAAUGACACAUCCUGAGCGAGCGGCCUUUCUACCCGAGGGUGAUGGAUUACAAACCCACGAAGGCGAGAACGGAACAGAUAUUAAUAUCAAGGAUACUGGAGCGUAUCACCCAGGUCAAAAUGUAAAAGUCAAACACGCGGAAAUCGUGGAAAUCCUACUCCAGCAACUUGAUGAAGACCAUGAUGAGAUACAAAUGUCUACUGCACUUUAUUGGCUAGCAGAAUUUCUGCAUUUUGCACAAGAUGUCAUGUUACCGUUUACUCCUCGCCUCAUACCCGCGAUUCUUCCCAACCUUGCUCAUCAUGUGCCUAUGAUUCAGAAGGAAGCUAUUCGCACAAACCAGGCUCUCGCCAGCGUCAUACAAAACUUGCCGACUUCUCAACCGUUGAACGAACAUGGGAGCACGGAUAGGGAUAAGGCCUCUAUUUCAUCCGGUCGUACCAGUGGACCUACGACUUCUCCUCCUGUUACAGGCGAGGGCGGACCAGUGUCUCCAGGUCCUCCGCGUCCACAACAGAUGGGUCCAGAGAUGCCCACGAUUUCGGAUGUCACGGCGUCACCUGCUUCUGACCGUACAGUUCAGGCUCCUGCGCGACAACGAGCAACAACUGUACCUUUACCCGGAGAGGCUUUCCCUCAGGCAUCUCCUAUUGAGACCAAUUCAGCCUCUCAGGUGCAAUCCAGUCGAUCACAGUCUCCAACAUCGACUGUAGCAAGUGCCGCUCCAUCUGCCACCAAUCAGCCGCCUUCAGCUCCAGCACUUGGACAAGGCCAGGCAAUCACUCAAUCUCCUGUCCAGACGGAUCAGGAUCCACUCGAUUAUCAGAAGACCGUGAACGAGCUCACGUUGCAGUUCCUCAGCGAGUAUGAAGAGACUCGGGUUGCGGCACUGAAGUGGUUAAUCAUGCUACAUCAGAAAGUUCCCAGAAAGAUCCUAGCCAUGGACGACGGUACAUUCCCUGCGCUGUUGAAGACCCUCUCCGACUCUUCGGACGAGGUGAUCAAGCAUGAUUUGCAGCUGCUCGCCCAGAUUUCAUCGAGUUCGGAAGAGGGCUAUUUUAAGUCCUUCAUGGUCAAUUUACUUGAACUGUUUAGUACGGAUCGACGGCUUCUUGAUCAUCGUGGGAGCCUAAUCAUUCGGCAACUCUGCCUGAAUUUGAACACCGAACGAAUCUACCGCACUCUGGCGGAAAUUUUGGAAAAGGAAGAGGACUUGGAGUUUGCUAGCAUAAUGGUCCAAAAGCUCAACGUCAUUCUGAUAACGUCCCCCGAACUUGCAGAGUUCCGCCGGCGAUUAAAGAGCCUCGAGACACGGCAAGACGGCCAAGUUUUAUUCACCACACUUUACCGAUCGUGGUGUCACAACGCCGUUGCCGUGUUUGCUUUGUGUCUUUUGGCACAAGCAUACGAACAUGCAUCGAACCUCUUAUCGAUCUUCGCGGACCUUGAGAUAACCGUCCAACUUUUAGUGCAGGUUGACAAGCUAGUACAGCUGAUUGAGUCCCCAGUAUUCACCUACCUUCGCCUACAACUCCUUGAACCCGAGAAAUAUCCAUAUCUGUUCAAAUGCCUAUACGGUUUAUUGAUGCUGCUCCCGCAGAGUUCGGCAUUCGUAUCAUUGCGGAACAGGUUGAAUGCGGUUAAUUCUGCUGGUUUCCUGCAUAUUGCUCCAAAAUCAUCCGCUAAUUCCUAUACUGGUCGCUCAAAACUCGGACGCAGUGAGGAGAUCAAAUGGCAGGAACUUCUAACACACUUCAAAUCUAUGCAGCUCCGACACGAGAAGCUACGGCGCGGCGAGGAGUCAUCGGCCUACCUUGAACGUUCAGACAAGCCGAGCAUGAACGGUCCUUCCACCUCGGCACCGCCGUCACGACCGGGCAUGCGGCGCCGUGCCACUGGAAACGAAGGUUUGCCUCCUUCGGGACUUGUAAGUGGUGCCGAAUCACGGACCGGAACACCUGCAACAAACCCAUCGAGCGGUCGUGGCGGGAUUUUGUCGCCGUUGAAUCCUAAGCGUGUGACGAGCCCGAGUGCGCUGCUCGGGUUCGCCCAACAACAGAGCUCGGCAUCCCGGCCGAAGAGCCCGACACCGCAGGCCCAUGGACAAAAUAAACUGAAACGAGGCCUUCCUGGGCUGGGUAAAGGCGGAUGAGCUCACCCCGGCGUGUUCCGAUUCUAUCCUUUUUGAGUCUUUUCGCAAUUUGUAUUAACGCAUAUGUACUUUAUCCAUCACGUUGAAUUAUGUGCAAU